AUGGCUCCGAGGGAUAAGGUCAAGAACCCGGCGUAUCAGCUCGUGGAUAAGGCGACGUACGAUCACCUUCCCGAGCCGGACUGGGGCGUGUGCGUCGACCUGUGCGACCUCGUCAACGCGGAGUUCCCGACGUACGGCAAAGACGCGGUGAAGGCGCUCAAGUUGAAGAUACAAAAGCGACACCGACCCAACGCGCAGUCGUUCGCGUUCACGACGCUGGAGACGUGCAUGAAGAACUGCGGCGCGCGGUUUCAUCACAUGGUCAUCGCGAAGGACGUCCUGGGUGAGAUGAUGCGUUUAGUCCUCGGCGGGAAGUUACAGCCGGAGGUGCGGACGAAGAUCUUGGAGCUCGUCGAGGAGUGGGCGACGCAGCUCCCGAUUCAUCAGGCGCGUUCUAUCUCACACUGGUCCCCAUACGACCGCGUCGGCGUGGUGGACGCCGAUCCUUAAGGACUUUUCCCGGCGCAUCUCUCCGCCCAGGGUCCCUCGCUUUCAAUCCCGACACGCCUCGACGCCUUUCAACUCCACCUGACGCCUAUGAACUCCACCCCGACGUUCGCUCGUAUGGAACGGCCCUCAGUACCGAGCGACGUACGAAUCGCUCCGCAUGCGCGGCGUGAUGUUCCCCGGCGUGAACGUCGAUGCGAUGCCGCCGAUGCGGUUAGCGCCGCGAUCCGCGGAUGACGUCAUGGCGGGGCUCGACCCCGCGGACGCCGCGGCGAUUCGAGAGGCGCUGCGGGAGGUGGAGGC